UAGCUACUUCGAAAUUAUGUUUCAGAGGGUAAAAUGGCGCCGCGAGGCAACCAGAUGUUGGGCAAUGCCCAUUUCCGCAAGCAUUGGACAAAGCGAAUAAAGACUUGGUUCAACCAACCCGGCCGCAAGCUUCGAAGACGUGAAAAUCGCCAGAAGAAGGCUUUAGCCAUAUCUCCUCGUCCAGUCGCUGGUUUGCUGAGGUCUGUUGUUCGUUGCCCGACUCAACGCUACAAUCGCAAAGUAAGGCUUGGCCGUGGCUUCACUCUCGAAGAGCUCAAGGCAGUAGGCAUUGGAAAGCGCGAGGCUAGAACCAUUGGCAUUGCUGUCGACUACAGAAGGACAAACAAGUCUCUUGAGGGUCUCAAGGCCAAUGUAGAGCGCCUGAAGGAGUACAAAUCCAAAUUGAUCCUCUUCCCCAAGAAGCUCAGCGCUCCACGCAAGGGAGAUAGCAACCCAGAAGAACUCAAGGUCGCCGCUCAGCUCCAUGGCGAUAUCUUGCCAGUAUCCAACGUCAUCGAUUAUGAAGCUCCACGCGCCAUCAAUGAAGCCGAGAAGAAAGUCGAAAUUUACCGCCACCUCAGACGACUCCGUGCUGAUAAGAAGUAUGCUGGUAUCCGUGAAAAGAGGGCAAAAGAAGCUGCCGAAGAGAACAAGUAA